AUGAACCGGUUGUUGGAACUGCUGAAAGUAAUAGAUGGAGAUGUUGAAUUUGAUGGUAAAAAUUUGACAAAACUGAAAAGUCAACAUAUAGAUCGAUUCCUGGCUAAACAUGCAAGAUGCCGUCAUUACAUAUACCAGAAGUGUGUUGCGGAUGAUUGUGCCUACUGUACCAUAAAUCCACCAAGGAUCCCAGAGGAGCUGUUCAAGGAGCUCUACUUUGUACCAGAUUCUACUGUCAAUGCGAAUGGUUAUACACCUUUUGAUGAGCUUUAUGGCACGGAGACAGAUGACUCUGGAAGACCCAGUCUGACGUUGAAGCCACAAUCAACAGCAAAAGUGCGCGGUUUUGUCCAUUGCUGUGAAUGUGGAAAGCGACGGGUUGUCUACUCUGAAAAAAGGUUAUGCCCCCAAGAAGAAAAGUCUCUGAUAAGAGUUCAAGAGGAGCUUCUGUUUGUUUGUUGUGCUGUGUUGUUUCCAGGAGGCCAAUACCAGGAUAUAAUUAUUGUUAAGGAGGGCCAGUGUUGCAGCUCACCAAUUGAAGUUACCUAUUACGCAGGGAAGACUAUGGUUUUUGACCAGAUUUGUAUUCAUUGUGGAAAUAUCGACGUGGUGGAGACCGAACACACAAGAGAACUUCAGGAACAGUUUGGAAUUGUCAGGCCUAUAUGCCAGACCUGCCUGAAUGCAAAUAGGCCCGUAAUCACAAGAAAUGCCUUAAAAACAAAAAACAAAAAAAACAAAACCUGA